UGGCAGUGUGGCCGUUUCAACUGUAUAUACCUAUCCCUAAGAUGUCUCUUUUCUCCUGUUCUUUUGCUCGGAAAUCUUCGUAGCAGCGAUGCUAGCGAUCCAUCAACGGCCGCUGUCACCCUCGAGAAAACCACUUUUCCUCUCCUUGCUUACCAUAUGCUGCAUCUUCCUCACUUACAAAAUACACACCCCCAAAACCUGGUACACCCUCUCCCCCCUCCCACCAUCACCACCCACCAUCCCCCAAAACCUCUGGUACAAACUCGGCCCCUCCGGCCUAAACAACCAAACCCACCAAUGGACACAAUCAUGCAUCACCCCAAACCCCUCACACACCCCCUCCUUCCUAAUCGACACCACCGCCGAAACCUGGAUCCGACAAACCUUCGCCCACCGUCCUGAAAUCGUCGAAGUAUACACCGCGCUCGCGAUCCCGGUCCUGAAAGCAGAUAUGCUGCGCUACUUGCUAUUGUUUGUCGAGGGCGGGAUAUGGAGCGAUCUCGACGUUUCCUGCGACGGUGUCCCGAUAAGGGACUGGGUCCCGGUGCAGUAUAGGGAGAGGGCUGAUUUGGUGGCGGGGUGGGAAUUCGAUGUCGGAUGGGGGGAGAAUGUUGUGAGGGAGUUGGCGACGUGGAUCAUUAUGGCGAGGCCGGGUGCGAGACAUCUGCUUGUGGCGGUGGACGAUAUUCUUCAUAGUAUAAAAGAGAAGAGUAAGGAGUUCAAUGUGGAGGUUGGGGCGCUGACGACGGGGAUGGUGGGCGAUGUGGUGGAUUUUACGGGGCCGAGGAGGUUUACGAGGAGUGUGAUGAAGAGUCUGGAGGUGCGGAUGGGAGAGGGUGUUGAUAUGGGGAGCACUUCGAAUCUUGAGGAGCCGAGGUUGGUGGGGGAUGUGUUGGUGAUGCCUGGGUUUGCGUUUGCGGCGAGGUCGAAUCGGUAUAAGGAGGAUUAUGUGCAGAGGACGCCGAAGCUUGUUACGCAUCAUUUUGCUGGGACUUGGAAGAAUGAGUAUGGUGGGGAAGGGGGUUGAGUUGUGGUGUUCUUUGUUGUUUAGAGGGGUGGUGUUUGAAGCUACAACCUUCAUUGGGCUGUUGGGUGUGGCGGUGUAAUAUAUGAGUGUAGUCCUUUCCCUUGUAUCGUAGAAGCAAAUUACAAUUGACUGGUUUGUGCUCCG